ACGAAAAUAGCAUGAACUGAACAUAAAUAUUUAUGAAAGAAAAAUAUUAUUAAAACAAAAAAAGCACAACAGAAGAUCAGAGUUAAAAGAUUCAAGAUUAAAAAAAAUAAGCUGAAGAAGAUAAUCAAAUUCACAACUCUUUUUUUUUCUUUGACUGCUGACUCCUUAACUAGGAUCGUCUUUCUUUUAUCCACAUGUAAAAUUCUCACUCAUUUUUUUUUCUCACUUCACUGACCAUCAGUUUUAAGUUAGAAAUUCUUCUUGAACAUCGUUAUUUCAAUAAGAUUCAAGGUCAUCCGAAACUUAUCAGCAAGAAUUCAUUUAAAAAAAAGAGGAGUGAAGAGACAUAUUUCCUGGGGAAAAUGAGGGGAGGGGGAAGUGUCUAUUUUACAGCUGACGUCAACACUGGCCCCACCCUGAUUUAUGUUUCUCCACUCCACUCUCACCCCUUCACUUUACAGCUAUUCCUAGGCAAAAACGAAAGCUCCCUCUCUUAUGAAUAGUGAUUUAUUUAUUCUAAGAAAGGAUGGGGGUGGGAAAAUUCUAGGUGCGUUGACUUUUGUUUGGAGUAUCAUUAAGCAUGAAAAAAUAACAGGUGGUAAAAAAUGAUGAUGAAAUUUCAUUGUGAGAUAUUAGGGGCUUCUGUGGAGCAAAAUUUUUUAAGGGAAAAAAGUAAUACUAUAUUGUCUGCCCCAUUCGAUACGCAUUCCUACUAAGAUUUCAAGCUUUAAAUCAAUAAAGCCGCGGCAUAUCUCCGUGAAAUUACGGUAGCUGUCAUCAUGGCUAAACAAUACUCUGUUAAAUCUGAGUGGUUCAAGAAAAGAGAUAAUUUGAAACACAUAAUAUCCUCUUGGUGCAGAAAAAAGACUGAAACAGAAGUGUUCUGCUUCAUUUGUAGCAAAAACAUCUUGUGUGGAAAACAAGGUUUUUCUGCACUGACUCAGCAUACAAAUACUGAAAUGCACAUUAAAAAUGCUUCAGUAAAGCUUUGUGUACAACAAUUGGUAUUACAGCCCAAAGAAUCUGGAAAUUCCAUUUGCACCUCAGUAGUACCUCAUAAAUCAGUACCAUCUACAACAGGAUCUGGCUUGUCAUCUUCAGGAUUAAGCACAACAUCUUUAUCAACGCAUAUCACUACUUUAUCAGCUGGCACCCCAUCGUUAUCAACACCUAGCACUCCACCAAAUAGCUUGAAACUAUUAAGUUUAUUCAGCAGACGAGAGUCCUCUGCGAGAGCAGAAAUCAUAUGGGCGCUGAAGUCAGUGCAAAGUAAUUUUUCUCCAUAUGCUUGUGAUGAUUUGAAAGAAAUUUUUUCUGCCAUGUUUCCGGAUGCUGUGCCUGAACAAUUUUGUUUAGGUAAAACUAAACUAAGUUACCUAAUAACAGAAGCUCUCGGCCCUUACUUCCAUGAAAAUUUAAUUGCUGAUGUGAAGACAUCACCAUAUUCGUUACUGUAUGAUGAAACUACCAAUAAUUCAAAUCACAAAGAGUUACAGUUUGCGUUGAGGUUUUGGUCGGAAGACUAUCAAGAAAUUGUAUGUCGUCAUCUAAAAACUGUUUUUAUUGGACAUGCCACAGCCAAUGAUAUUAAAAAACAAAUAGAGAAUGCUUUACGUGAAUCUGGACUUUCACUGAAUAAGUUACUGAUGUUGGGAUCUGACGGUCCAAAUGUAAAUGCAAAAGUUUGGAAAAUGAUGAACCAAAAUUUAAUCGAAGAAAGAAAUAAAGGACUUAUCGAUAUUGGUACGUGCAAUUUGCACGUAAUACAUAAUGCGUUUUUGAAAGGUAUUGAGGAAUUUGGGGAAGUUGGUAAAGAAUUAAUUGUUGAUAUUUAUAGUUUUUUUAAAAAGUAUCCAGCACGAUGGGAGGAUUUUUCUUCAAUCCAACAAAAAUUGUGCUUAGAAAAGAAUCGCUUUAUUAAACACUCUUCAACAAGGUGGCUUACCCUUGGACCUGCAGCAGAAAGGCUACUUUCUCAAUGGCUAGCCGUUGAAGAAUACUUCUUCAAAUUUAUUCCUUUAAAGAACCAGUCACUAAUGAAGUGUCCAAAAUAUAAGCACAUAUCUGAAUCUCUAAAAUAUGUUGACAUUAAGGUUGAACUUGUGUUUUUAACUGAAAGUGCUGUCUUAUUUGAACCGUUUUUGAAGACUUUUCAGAAAUCAGAACCAUUAAUUCACAUUUUAUAUAGUGAAAUUAGUGAACUAUUAAAAAAAAUUGCUGGUCGCAUUUGUAAAACAAAUGAAAUUGAUAUUCAUAAAGUUAUUUCAGAUAACCAGCUAUUACCCAUCAAAGAUAUAUACUGUAGCAAACAAAUUAAAGAUCUUAGCAUGCGUUUUAAAGAUAAUGAAAAAAUGAAUUUCAGACAUAAUAUGCAGAAACACUAUCGUGCUGCUUUCAAUUAUUUAAUCAAGAAAACUUGUAUGGAUUCUGGAAAAUUUUUAUUUUAUUUUAAAUGUGUUCAACCAGAAGAAAUUGCCCAACCAAAAAGCCUUAAUUACGCUUGUCAAAUCGCAAAGUCUCUUACCUUUCUUGGUAUUGACGAUCUACAAAUCAGAGAUGAAUGGCUAAUUUUGCAGUCUCAACUGUUAUCUGCCAAUCUUGGGACAAAUAAACUACGAAUAGAUCAUUUUUGGAGAGAUAUUAUCUAUGCAAAAGAUUCAACAGGAAAAGUUAAAUACCCUACUUUAAGACUUUUUGUUAAAGCUUGUCUGUCUUUGUCUCACGGCAAUAGCGAUGUAGAGAGAUGUUUUUCUAUAUCUUCCAGGGUACUUACUCAAGAGAAAGCAUCAAUGUCUGAGAAAAUGUUAAAUGCUAGGCUUAAUAUAAAAGAUGGUAUACAAAAAUUUAAAAAUGUUUCAGAAGUACCAAUCACAAAAAAACUUUUAAGCUUAACCUAUAGUGCUGGUAAUUCAUAUUUUGCAUAUUUAGAAGAACAGAAAAAGGCUAAAGAAAGAGAGCUGAAGGAAGCUGCAGAAAAAGAAGAAGAAAAGAAAAAAUCUGAAACAUUGAAAGAAGAAGUUGAGAGAAAGAAAGAAGGGAUUAACAGUCUUGAAAAAAAGGCUCAAGUUUUAAUGGUGAAACAUCAAGAGAUACAAUCGUCAGCAGACUCUUUACUAAAAGAAGGAAAUGAGCGUUUAAAAGAAGCCGUUAAAAAAAAUGAUAGUGUUCAAAUAAGGAUUGCUCAAGGAUUAUUGGAAGCUGCUGAAAAAUUACGAGUAACUGAGAGAGAACAUGAAACUGAAUCGGUUAAAAUUAAUAAACUUGUUCACAAAAGGAAAACAAAUUUAAUUGAUUUCUAUACUAAAAGCCCCAAGAAAAUGUUUAAAAAAUAAUAAUUUUUACAUUUAAUACUACCUUGUGUGUUUUUUCCCACUUCAUUUUCAUUCAUAAAAUGCUUCGUUUUAUUAUUUGCAUUCAUAUUAUAAUUUUCCUCUCAUAUUAUUAUUUAAAACUAUUUAAGAAUGCAAAUUUUGUAUGUUAUAUGCUAAUUUUUUAUCUUAUAGUAAGGCUAAUUAAUGCAUAAAAGUAUCAUUUUUUUUAUAAUGCCUAAAAUUUUUAGUCCCUAGUUUUUUUUAAUUACAACUAUUGUUUCUUAGAUGAUAUCUGAAGCUUUAUGCCUAAUAAAGAAUAAAAUUCAAAAUAAAUAUUUUUAAAACGUU